CCCUAUCAGUAUUCCAUUCAUCAUUAACAGUUAAAUUUAUUAUUAAAGUUUCAAUAUUAUUACAAAUUGAUGAAAUAUUAUUAAAAGAUUUUUCUUGAUUUUUACCUCUACCAUAAAAUCCAAAUAUUUGUAAAUUUUCUAAAAAAUUUUUUAAUAUAGGAUUAGGAUUAACACUUAAUGUUGAUUUCCCAUGAAUUUGUUCAUUAUAAUAAUUAUAAUCAUAAUCAUCAUCACUAUUAUAAUUAUUAAAAUUAUUAUUAUUGUCGUUGUUGUUGUCGUUGUUAUUGUCGUUGUUGUUGUUGUUGUUGUUGUUAUCAUCAUUAAUCAAAACAUAAUUUCUUUCAAAAUUUUCUGAUAAACCAAAAUCACUUAUAAAAUAAUUUUGAAUAUUGUCAAAUACAGGAAAUGAUAUGGUCGGAGUUUGAAGAUAUCUAUCCUCUUCAUCAAUAAAAUUUUCAAAAUCAUCAUCAUCAUCAAUUUCAUCAUUAUCACCGUUAAUAUCGUUAAUAUUUAAUCCUUGAUCAAUUAAUUCUUUACCAGAAUCCAUAAAUAAAUAAUCCAAUUUAGCACCUUUACUCAUAAAAAGAUUUAAUAAAAUUCUUGAUAAAGUUCUCAUAGGUUCUUGACUAUGAGGUUCAUCUUCCGUUGGAUUGGUAAAUUUAUAUCUUUCAUAAUUAUUAAUAUUAAUCCUUAAAUUAUUAUUAUUAUUAUUAUUAUUCAUUUUU